UGUUCAGACUGUCAGCAAAAAUCAGACUUUUGUAUAUGCAAAUGGUUUUUUGAAAGUCUGGACAGCAAAAACACAUGAAAUCUGAUUUUUUUUUUGUUUUUUAUAUAUAUAUAUAUUUUUUAAAUCUGAUUCAAACCACAUUUGGAGAUUUUUUUGCAGAUUUUUACAGAUGCAUCUCAGUCUGUACUCUCUGUAUUCUAUGGAAAGUGGCCAGCUGCAAUGGCAGCAAUUAUGUUCAAAGAUUUCGGCUGUGACUACAGCACAGAACAUCACAAUAUGUACCAGUCUCCUCCAUUCCUGAGUUUUUCUUGUGUGACAGAGCAGUUCUGCACUGCAACUGGACAGGGUGCUUAUUUGGAGAGGGAGAUGAUGCACCUCCAUUUUUCCUGCAUCAGUUUUGAAAGCCUCGUCACAUACAUGGGUACGCCUACGUCCUUACCAAAGCAACAUAGGAUGCAGAUAGGUUGGUCAUGUGUGGAGUAUGGACACACCAAUCUUAUUUAAUCACUUACAAGAGUGCAGACAGUCUGCCUGAAAAGAUCAGAUUUGAGGAAAAAAUCUGAUUUGCCUGCAGUCUGAACAUAGUCUUUUUUGGCCAUAUAGUGAAAGUCAGUGGGGUCCAAAGCGGUUUUGAAAUGUUCUUCAAAAUAUCUUAUUUUGUGUUUCACAGAAGAAAGAAAGUCAUACAGGUUUGACAGAAUUUUUAUUUUUGGGUUAACUAUUUCUUUAAAGGGGGCCUAUAAUAAGUCUCUGGUGUCCCCAGAAUGUGUUUGUGAAGUUUCAGCUCAAAAUACCCCACAGAACAUUUAUUAUAGCUUGUCAAAUUUGCCUCAUUUGGUUGUGAGCAAAAACACGCCAUUUUGUGUGUGUCCCUUUAAAUGCAAAUGAGCUGCUGCUCCCGGCCCCCUUUCCAGAGGAGGGCGGAGCUUUAACAGCUCGCGCUUCAGUUGCUCAACAACAACAACAAAGCUGGAGAAUCUCACGCAGCCAAAAUGACAAUUGUCAGUAACAGUGUUCAGCCUUACAUUGUUCAAACCGGAGUCGGACACUGUUGGAGAGACUCAGGAAGAAGUUACAACGUUUAGAACGCAACUGGGCAUUUCUGAAUGGUUAGUGGAUAAAUUUGUGUAGUUGCUGUGGAGUUGAUUCAACUCAUCGACUAGCAUGUGCCGUCAUGUUAAUCUUUUGUGCAAAUCCAGCGUCGAAUUCACCCUCGUUUGUGAAGCAGUCCGGUGUAAAAUGACAGCAUGGUAACAACACUCUACUACAGCAACUCUUCCUCUUCUCUAAAGUAGCCCAACAUGGCCUCACCCCCUUUGUUGCAUAUUCUCGGGGACAGGGUUUGUGUAAAUUUUAGAGUAAGUGAUGUCACCAACCCAGGAAGAAGCUCGUUGUAGUCCUUAAAAAGCGAUUUCUAUAAAAGAAAAUAUCUCCCUUUGCAUUGAACUUUGAGCGUCGUAACUUUGCAGAUGUUGUUUAUGCUCAAACAGCAACAUUACACACUAACUACAAUUACAAAAGUGAAAUCAUAAUCAAGGACCCCUUUAAGGAGAUAUUAACACCAAAACCUUUUUUCUUCGCCGUUUUAAAACAGACUUGUAUCGCUUGAAAUAAAUACUUGUGUUGCUGUGCUUUCUAACUUAUAUUUCAGUUGACUAAUAUAAAUUCUACACAUUACGUUCCCCAAAACAUGCUAAGGCAGUGUGUUAGCAUUUCAGGAAUUGUGUUAUAACAAAGACGUGACUUACAACCACCAGACAGUUAUCUUUGGAAAGAUAACCAUCUUGUGAAUGGCAAAGUAGUAAAUACUCCCAAUUUGUCUCCAUGAAGCUGGGUGUAAAGGGGGAAGGAAGGGCCGAAGAAAGCCAGGUUCAGUUGAGAACCCAACAAUUCGAUCCCAUUGAUGUUUUUCAAGAAGCAGCGGUACUGUAACUUAAGACAAAUACCAUGUCAGACUUUGUGAACUAUUCUAAGCAUCAGUUGCUGACACCAAGGCUGGGGGGCUGGGAGGUGGCACACCAAGCGGCUUAACAAGGCCCACCCACAGGAACUGCCACUCUCUAUGAGGAGCAUUUGACUCGCUCUGCUUCACCGUUGUGAAAUAUCUGGCUGUUUUUAGACUUGUUCACAUGAUGUCCAAACCUCUGCAGUAGCUCGGGACUGAAUGUUUCUGUAAGUUGUUUUUUUUCUUAAGGGUCAUUCAUAGUUGUGGUGCUUGAGCCUCUUAAGGGUGUGUGGAUGUGGAGGUGAACAGCACUACUCUUGGUAUGAAGAUCGGCGGAUAAGCGUCUUUUGUGACCUUGGCUCUUUUCAGAGGCUGAAGCUGGAUUCCACCAGGGACACAUGGUCCGGAGUGACAAGGCCAUCUGUUGUAGCGCCAGCACUGCAGUGGGAGGGAGGAGAAAGAUGAAGGGGUGGUUUGUAGGGGGUGAGGGUACACAGAAUUCCUCCUCCUCGGGUGUGGAGGGACUAGAUAUUCUGGGAGAUCGUUGCCAGCACCUUGGAUUGAGACUUAUUUCUUUAGCGUCACAUUUUUUCCUUCAACUUUCUUUCCAAAGGGACUGAGGUUGGGUAUUAAACGUCAAAAGAAAUCAUGAUUUUGUGGUUCAUAUGAAGUGUUUUCAAAGUGAUGAGCAAUGGGGAUCUGUACUCUGAAGACCUUGCAAGCUGUGGAUCCAGUUUCUUCAACAUCUCUUUGCACCCAAAGCUGAGAGUUGUGGAUCAGCGAAGCAAGUGGGUGCAGAUCUCUGGGGUGGAUUUGACGGGUGGAAGACAAAAAAUUGCACGCUUGCACUUCCCCAGACGGCCGGAGAGCCAAACGGAUGGUUAUUUUUAUGAGGGACUUUGUAGCAGAAAUGGGUCAGGACCAAACCAAACAACAGAUUGAGAAGGGACUGAAGCUCUACCAGUCAAAUGACACAGAAAAGGCUUUAUAUGUCUGGAUGAAAGUGUUAAGGAAGACAUCUGACCCUGGGGGGAAGUUUCGAGUUUUAGGGUGUCUGAUCACAGCACAUUCGGAAAUGGGGAAAUACAAAGAGAUGCUACAGUACUCCCUAGCUCAGAUAAACACAGCCAGAGAAAUGGAGGACCCGGACUACCUGACGGAGGGCUACCUGAACCUGGCACGCAGCAAUGAGAAGCUUUGUGAAUUCCAGAAGACAGUCUCAUACUGUGAGACCUGCUUAAACAUGCAGGGCACCACAGUUAGCCUACAGCUCAAUGGGCAAGUGUGUUUGAGCAUGGGCAAUGCCUACCUGGGCCUUAGUGUUUUCCAAAAGGCCUUAGUGAGCUACGAGAAGGCCCUGCGAUACGCUCACAACAACGAUGACAAGAUGCUGGAGUGCAGGGUCUGCUGCAGUUUGGGCAACUUCUACAUUCAGCUUAAGGAUUAUGAGAAAGCACUCUUCUUUCCUUGCAAAGCAGCUGAACUGGUGAAUGACUACGGUAAAGGAUGGAGUCUAAAGUACCGUGCCAUGAGCCAGUACCAUAUGUCAGUGGCCUACAGGAAGCUGAUGCGCUUACCGGAUGCAAUGGAAUGCUGUGAGGAAUCAAUGAAGAUCGCAUUGCAGCAUGGAGAUCGACCUCUUCAGGCAUUGUGUCUGCUUAACUUUGCGGAUAUUCAUCGCUGUCAGAAAGAUGUUGAUAAAGCAUUCCCUCGCUACGAGUCCUCCAUGUGCAUAAUGUCAGAGAUUGGCAACCGCCUUGGACAAGCAUCCAUCUACGUCGGGGUGGGAAAGUGCUGGAUUCUGCAGAAGGAAUAUGAUAAGGCUCUGGACUCAAUGCAAAGAGCACAUGAUCUGGCCGAGGCGAUUGGAAACAAGCUGUGUAUCCUGAAGGUACACAGCCUGUGUGAAGGCAUCUACCGCUGUAAGGAGCAGCAGGAUGAGUUGAGAGAGCAGGUGGUGAAGUUCCUGCAGUGCGUGGAAGAGCUGGAGCUCUACUGUGGCAUGUGUGGGGAGUCUAUCGGAGAGAGGAACCAGCAGUUGCAGGCCUUGCCCUGCUCUCACAUUUUCCACCUCAAGUGUCUGCAGACAAAUGGCACAAAGGGCUGCCCAAAAUGUCAUCGUUCAUCAAUGAAGCUGGGUUUUGUAUGAAAUCGCACUCCUGCCUUGGAUAAAACGGCUGAAUCCCAUCACAGUGACUCGACUGGGAGCAAAAGUUCCAGGGCCUUCUUCCAGGAAGCUUUCUAACUGGACAAAAGGAGGUUUUCCAGUGUUUCCAUCCUGUCUUUAUGGCAGCUGGGAAUAAUGUGGAACUGACAGGACAUGGAUUAAUAGUUCAAAGCAAAGACAGAAGAUAUUUCUUUGAACUGACCUUAUAAUGCUGCAUUGGUUAAGAAACAUUAAAAACUGCCUUUGAUUGGACCAUGCAGCGUUGCUGUCCUCUCAGUGAGGAUAUUCAUCAAAGAGGUGAGAGCUUUACAUAUCACGUGGUUUCAUAGUGGACAUUAUUGUUAUAUUAUCACAGCUAAACUGAACAAAACAUGUAUUUAUAACUUUCUAAGCAAGUUUCAAGACCUUAUCAGUUUCUUCAGAUUGUGUAAAUAAUUCAUGAAUGCUAUGAUCAGUGUAAUUUGAAAAAGAUAAAGGUGUUAGACAUGCUGUUCUGUUUGAGUUUGUUUGAGGUUUGUUUUGAGCUUGUAGUAAACUCAAAUGUCUCUAACUGCCUCCUGAAACUGUAAUAUUCUGAAGUAACAGGGGCGUGUGUUCAACUUAUUAACUUGACCAAUUAUGCAUUUUGUUAAUUAUUUAUAUGACAAUUAUUUAUGUCUUUUAAUAAGAAACUUAUACAGUACAGACAACAUUACUUCAUUGUUUCUGAUAAUAUUUGAAUUAAUUUCUUUUACUUUGAAUCAACAAAAUGUGAAAAGUAGUCUUUAUUCAGUUCUUUAUUUCUUUAUUCAAUGCAUUUAUAGGAUGGGAGGUUCGAAGGAUAGUUUUCUAAUAUCACCUUAUAUUUCAUCUCCAUUAUUUUCUACAACCUUCAGAGAUUUACAAAGUAAUAUGUGCUCUGUAUUUAAUCAACAAAUGGUUUACACCUUUUUCCAACCAGUAUAGCACUAAAGUAUUUGAGUAUGUUUAAUCAGAAUGGCCCAAAAUUUGUUUUUAUCCUUAUUUCUUUGUGGGCACUUUAAUUGAAAUUUCAACCAAAAAUAAAUAAGCAAAUUGUUAUGUAUAUUAUCAAUUUAAAAUAUAAUGAUUAUGCUUACACAUUACAAGCGCUAUAUAUAAUGGCAGAUUUUCAUUUAAACAAUCUCUUUGAUCAUCUGACAAAUGUUCAUAUUCUUUUAUUAAUGAUUAACUAACAGAUCUCUAACCUGAUUUCUCAUUAUUUUACUUUGUAAGGAUUUCAGGUGCAUGUUUCUUUUGACUCUUAUUUUUAUAAGUGGAUCUUCUUUCUUUGCCACUUUAAUUAUUCCAUAACUAAAUAAUAAAAUACAAAUAAAACACAUCCCAAGACAUAUAUUUAAUAAAAUAUAACACAUUUUGCUUAUGCUCACCACCCCAAGUAUAAGCAUUUGCAAUGUAAGUGUUGGUUAUGAUCAGACAUAUUCUUACAAAUACAUAAAACAUGACAUGGAGAUUUAUGUUGAAUUGAUUAAUAUAUGGGAGCAAUAUGUAAAAAUGCUGCUUAUUUAUUUCUCUUUUACCUUACUUUCAUUUUUAUAGUAACUUUUUCUUUCUUAUCCUAAGGUAAUCUCCCUGCAUGCUGUGUAAAGCUGUUUCACUUCCUGGUUACAUACAGGUCAUAACUACCUCUCCACAUUUUUCCCUCACGAUACUUGCAUGUUUAUGCAGCAGAAUCUUCUGAAAUGAGACUGGACAUAUUGUUUUAUUAAGAGAAGUCCUGUAUAUAUACAUAUUCAAUAAAAGACAUUUUUUGCA